GUGGGCACUAUGGUUCUUCAAGAAUGACAAAAGCAAGAUGUGGCAUGCAAAUCUGCGCCUUGUCACCAAGUUCAGCACUGUGGAGGACUUCUGGGCGCUGUACAGUCACAUCCAGCUUGCCAGCAAGCUCACAUCUGGCUGUGACUACUCUCUCUUCAAGGAUGGCAUCGAGCCCAUGUGGGAGGACAGCCAGAACAAGCGUGGCGGGCGCUGGCUCAUCACUCUGGCCAAGCAGCAGCGGCACACUGAGCUGGACCGCUUCUGGCUGGAGACGCUGCUGUGCCUCAUCGGGGAGAUGUUUGACGAGUACAGUGAUGAGGUGUGCGGGGCCGUCAUCAACAUCCGUGCCAAGGGGGACAAGAUUGCCAUCUGGACCCGGGAAGCAGAGAACCAGGAAGGGGUCACACACAUUGGGCGUGUCUACAAGGAGCACCUGGGCCUGUCGCAGAAGGUGGCCAUCGGAUACCAAGCUCCUGCAGACACAGCCACCAAAAGCGGCUCCCUCACCAAGACCAAGUUUGUGGUGUGACUGUGGGGGGAGCGGGAUGUUGCCCGAGC